AUGAACAGUGAUGCUUUAACGCACAUUACUAUAUAUCUUGAAAAUAAUCAUAGUGAAAAUGACAAAGAUAAAUACAUACCGUCAUAUGAAGUUUCAGAAAAUAACUCGGACCAAAUGAUUUUUUCACAACAUAUUUUUCCAGAAGCAUUUGUACAUUGGUGCAAGGAUGGCGGGCAUAUAGUUUACGUGUCACCGUUGGAUAUACGUACUCGCUUGGCAUCACUUAAGCAAUCACAAGGUAUUACACCAUACGUGGAAUCUAAAAUAAACAGAAUCGUUGAUCAUAUUGAAAACAACAUCGAGAGAUAUAUUGGCGUGGUAAUUGUCUUUUGA